AUGGCCAAUAUUGGAGCGCGGUAUGAUGUCUUAAAGUAUCGAUUGGCGAAUUUGGGCCAAUGUAAGACGGUCAAUGGGAAACAUAAGGAAAUUCCGACGUUCGUAUUUAUCGUCAGCUUUUUCACGGUUUUUCUCACUGAAAUAUUUUUGCCGUGUUACUUUGGCAACGAAAUUAUUUUGAAACAUCAAAGCCUAUCGCUGGCCAUUUAUUCAUCGGAUUGGAUAAAAGCACCGGCAAGAUACAGAAAGUUCGUCGUUUUGUUCAUGGAAAUGCUGAACAUUGAUGUGGUCAUGAAAACUGGAAAGAUUUUUACAUUGACCCUGAGCAGCUUCUUAACAGUGAUUAACCGAUCGUACAGUUUGUUUGCUGUCUUACAGAACACGUUGAAUCGUUAA